AUGCUGCCCCUGGAAGACCCCCCGGAUGGAGGUUGGGGCUGGAUGGUCGUCCUCGCAGGGUUCCUAGUGAACUCGCUGACCUUCGGCGUCUUGCGCUCCUUGGGCGCCCUCACGGAAGGCCUGGUGGGGGCUUUCGAGGCCACCACGGCCCAGGUGUCCUGGGUGACGGGCAUCACCUUGGCCACCAAGCAGUUUGCAAGUCCCCUGGGCACGGCGGCCAGCACCCGCUACGGCGCCCGUCCGGUGGUCAUGCUGGGGGGGUUCCUCUCUUCGUUGGGCCUCUUGGCGGCCGCGUUCAGCACCACCUUGCUCCAGUUAUACCUCAGCCUGGGAUUCCUGACAGGUUUGGGCUGGGCCCUGGCCUUCGCCCCCACCAUGGGCACCCUCGCCCGCUAUUUCUCCAGCCGCCGCUCGCUGGCCGUGGGCCUGGCCUUGACCGGCAACGGCCUGGCCUCUUUGGCCCUCUCGCCCCUCCUGCGCCUGGCGGCCGACCACCUCGCCUGGCGAGGCACCUUGCUGGCCGCCUCGGCCUUGACCCUCCACCUGGUGCCCGGCGGGGCCCUCCUCCGGCCCCUGGCCCUGCGGGGAGACCCCCCCAAGCUGACCGCCCUCUUUGAUUUGGGCCUCUUCGCCCAGCGAGGCUUCGGGGCCUUCGUCCUGGGCACUGCCCUCUUGGCCGCUGGCUACUUCGUCCCCUACGUCCACCUGGAUGCCUACGGCCGGGCGCUAGGCAUGGAGGCGUACAGAGCGGCCUUCGUGGUCUCGCUGGCCGGCUUAGCCGACGCCCUGGCCCGGCUACUGGCCGGCUGCGUGGCUGACCGGUGUCUCUUGCCCCCCGUCUACCUGCUGGUGGCCGCCAACUCCUUGGUGGGGGUCAGCCUGCUCUUCUUCCCGGCCUCCUCCGCCUCCUAUGCCAGCCUGCUCGCCCUGGCUUUGCUCUACGGCGCCAGCGCGGGAAGCUUCGCCACGCUGGCCUUCGGGGUCUUGCCCGAGCUGGUGGGCGUCGGCCGCGUGGUGAACGCCACGGGGCUGUGCAUGAUGUCCAUGAGCGUCGGGGGCUUGCUGGGACCCCCCCUCUCGGGCUUCCUGCGGGACCAAACUGGAGACUUCGCUACCUCGUUCCUGGUUGGGGGGGGCUUUGUCCUCUGUGCCAGUCUGGUCUUCCUUGCCCUCCCCUCCCCCUUGUCCGGAUGCUGCAGCCCCCAGUCGGGCGAGAUGCCCGCUGCUGUGGGGCAUCGGAAACCUCCCCGCCCCAUGACGGCCAGGAGACCUUUGGAAAUAUGA